AUGGAUAAGAUCCACAGGUUCAAUGUUGUGCACCGCUUUGAAAAGCGCAGCUUGCUGAUAGCGAUCAACUGCAUCGCUGGACUGUCCAUUCUGUUCUUCGGUUAUGACCAGGGUAUCAUGGGCGGUGUCAACACGGCAUACGACUACUACACGGUCAUGGGCUUUGGGCAUCGGGGCCCUGAUGGCGGCCCUGUUGUCGACGACACCUUACUCCAGGGAGGCAUUGUUUCAGUCUACUAUCUCGGAACGCUGGUUGGAUGUCUGGUUGGCGGCUCCCUUGGUGAUCGUUUCGGGCGCAUCAAGACCAUCUUCAUCGGAGCAGCUGUUGGUACCAUUGGCGCCGCCCUGCAGUGCUCAGCUAUGAACCACAUCUGGAUGAUUUGCGCACGACUGGUCAACGGCUGGGGCACUGGUAUCCUCAACGCCAUUAUCCCCGUUUGGGCUACCGAAACCGCCGAGCACACUUCCAGAGGCCAAUUCAUCGCCAUCGAGUUCACCCUCAACAUCCUCGGUGUGGUUAUUGCCUACUGGCUGGAAUACGCAUGCUCCUUCUACGGCGACGGCACCUCGUCAUUCAUCUGGCGCUUCCCCAUUGCGUUCCAAAUCCCCAUGCUCAUCAUGCUCAUGGCCGGAGUCUUGUUCUUCCCCGAGUCCCCUCGCUGGCUGGUCAAAGUCGGUCGAGAAGCAGAGGGGCACUAUGUCUUGGCGCGGCUUCGAGGCGACACCGGAGAAGACAAGCUGAGAGCCGAGGCCGAGUUCCAGGACAUUGUCUCGUCGUGCGAGCUGGAGCGCUCCAACUUCCGAAAGCAGAGCUACUUCCACAUGCUGUUUGGCAUUGGCUCGGGCAAACUCCACACUGGCCGCCGAGUCCAGCUUGUCGUCUGGUUCCAAAUCAUGCAGGAAUGGAUCGGAAUUGCGGGAGUUACCGUAUAUGCACCGACAAUCUUUGGCAUUGCAGGCAUGAGCCCGGGGAAGCGACAGUGGAUCGCCGGUCCCAACAACAUCUUCUACAUGUUUGCAACGCUCAUUUGCGUAUUCACGCUCGACCGCAUCGGGCGACGCUGGACUUGCUACUGGGGCUCUGUCGGACAGGGAAUCGCCAUGGCUCUCGCCGGCGGGUUCUCGUAUCUCGGACAAGAAGCCACUAGAAAUGGGGAACUCGGCAAGGCAUCGUCAUACGGAAAUGCAGCCGUGUCCAUGGUCUUUCUCUUCACAGCCAUCUUCGGCGCUACAUGGCUGACGGUGCCCUGGCUCUACCCCGCUGAGAUCUUCCCGUUGGAGGUGCGAGCAAAGGGUAAUGCAUGGGGUGUUGUAGGCUGGUCAAUUGGCAACGGCUGGCUCACGCUGCUCUGCCCUGUCAUGUUCAAUGUGCUCGGCGAGAAGACUCUGUACAUUUUCGCCGCAUGCAACGCAAUCACGAUUCCCAUGAUCUGGGCCCUGUACCCAGAGACCAACCAGCGAACGCUUGAAGAGAUUGACCUCCUCUUUGCGUCGGACAGUAUCUGGAACUGGGAGGCGGAGAAGAACUUUGCGGCGCUCAAGGACGAACUGAGUUACCAGAAUGCGCGUGCUACCAAGGACGAUGAUGUGGAGCAGCUUUCGCAUCAGGGGUCGAGUGAGGUGCGCAGGGCGAGUGUGCGUGGAGACAUGAAGUUGUGA